CAGAGAAAAUUUGAGUAAGUUCAGGCUUGCGGGGUCCCUCAGGAAGGGAGCCCUCCCCCCGCUUCUGCGGGUCCUCCCACACAUCCUGGGGAUACAGAGGUGCUACGCUCAGUGCCCGACGCUGUAGUGUCCCAUCUUUGUCUUAAAUUCUCUACAGUGAGCCGGUACCCUUUUCGCAAUCAGAUAAAUGAAUAAGAUUUUUAGAAAAACCAAUUGAUAAAUGUUUUAGGGAAAACACACACAGACGCACGCAGAGUUACCCACACAGUCGGGGUGUCUGUCCACAGAUGAAUCAAUUCCUUCCUUUCUGUCAAAGAGAGUGGCUGGCAGGUUUGAACUGAAGCCAGAGGAACUGAGGCAGGACCAAAGGGAGGACUUGCAGCCAGCGGGACGGCUGGCCCUGAACAGGGCCGUGGGGGCUCGGUGUCCACAGGCCUGGUGGCUGCUCUGGAGCUUAUUGCCUUUGAGACCGUGGGGGCAGGUCAGGGAGCGUGUCCACCCUGUGACCCUCAAUUCCCUCGGCCGUAAGACGCCUGUCGGGCCUCGUCCCAGAGGGAAGGGUGCGUGGGCCACAGUGUUCAGGAGUGUCGUCUGUCGUCCCUGGAGGCCUUCCUCCUCCACAGUACUCCGCUCCGCCGAGCCCUCUCUGUGCCCGCCGCCCGCCCCGUGCAGGCCUCCCCGUCGCUCCCCGCUGCGGCGAGGGCGCCCUGGACCCGUCGGGCCAUCGCUUAGGUGGGUGCGCUGGAUCACGUCGUUUCUGAACAGGUGGCGUGAAUAAGGAGGACGGGCCCCGGGGUGCAGGCUCGCAGCUGGGCAGUGGGGUGGGGUCCCCUCACCUGCCUCCUCUCUCCAUAGCACAGGCUGCCAUGGGCUCCGUGGGCAGCCAGCGCCUCAGGGAGCCCAGUCUGACGGGCCCACCGGACAGGAGCAUGGUGACGAGCUUCAGCUUCGACAGCUGCCAGCUGGAGGAGGUGGCCGCAGCGGUGGCGGGAGCAGGUCGCGACCAGGGUGCCCCGAUUUUCAGCGACUCCGGGGCAGCUGUGGCCGUGGAGGUGGACGGCGGCCAUGGCGAUGGUGGCCAUGAUGCUGGUGGUGGUCGUAGUGGCAGCCACCGUGGUUAUAGCGGCUACGGAAAUGAAGGCAGUGGCUCUGAUGGUGAUAAUGGCCGAGAUGCGGUGACAUUGGCGACCACAGCUGUGGGGACAGAUGGAGCCAGAGUGGUGACAGCGGCAGGGGAGCCGGUACCCGAUGACCGCUACCACGCCGUCUACUUUGCGAUGCUGCUGGCCGGCGUGGGCUUCCUGCUGCCAUACAACAGCUUCAUCACUGACGUGGACUAUCUGCAUCACAAGUUCCCAGGGACCUCGAUCGUGUUUGACAUGAGCCUCACCUACAUCCUGGUGGCUCUGGUGGCCGUGCUUCUGAACAACGCGCUGGUGGAGAGGCUGAGCCUGCACAGCAGGAUCACCGCAGGCUACCUCUUGGCCUUGGGCCCCCUCCUCUUCAUCAGCGUCUGUGACGUGUGGCUGCAGCUCUUCUCUCGGGAACAGGCUUACGCCGUCAACCUGGCCGCUGUCGGCACCGUGGCCUUCGGCUGCACAGUGCAGCAAUCCAGCUUCUACGGGUACACGGGGAUGCUGCCCAAGAGGUACACCCAGGGGGUGAUGACCGGGGAGAGCACGGCAGGCGUGAUGGUCUCCCUGAGCCGCAUCCUCACCAAGCUGCUGCUGCCCGACGAGCUGGCCAGCACGCUCAUCUUCUUCCUGGUCUCCGCCGGCCUCGAGCUGCUGUGCUUCCUGCUGCACCUGCUGGUCCGGCGCAGCCGCUUCGUGCUCCACCACACCGUGCGGCCGCGCGACAGCCGCCGGGCCCCCGGGGCCGGCUACCGCGUGCACCACGACGUCGCCGCCGGGGACGUCUGCUUCGAGAACCAAGGCUCAGCCCUGGCCGACAGCGGGUCCCCGAGGGACAGCCCGGCCCACGAGGUGGUCAUCAGCGGCAGGGGAGCCUACACGCGCUUUGAUGCACCUCGACCCAGAGCCCCGUGGAGCUGGUCCUCCUUCCGAGCCCUCCUGCUGCACCGCUAUGCGGUGGCCCGUGUCAUCUGGGCCGACAUGCUGUCCAUCGCUGUGACCUACUUCAUCACGCUGUGCCUGUUCCCGGGCCUGGAGUCUGAGAUCCGGCACUGCGUCCUCGGCGAGUGGCUGCCCAUCCUCGCCAUGGCCGUGUUCAACCUCUCUGACUUUGUGGGCAAGAUCCUGGCGGCUCUGCCCGUGGACUGGCGGGGCACGCACCUGCUGGCCUGCUCCUGCCUGCGUGCCGUCUUCAUCCCCCUCUUCAUCCUGUGCGUCUACCCCAGCGGGACGCCCGCCCUCCGCCACCCAGCCUGGCCCUGCAUCUUCUCCCUGCUCGUGGGCAUCAGCAACGGCUACUUCGGCAGUGUGCCCAUGAUCCUGGCAGCCGGCAACGUGGGCCCCACACAGCGGGAGCUGGCAGGGAACACUAUGACCGUGUCCUACAUGACAGGGCUGACGCUUGGCUCUGCCGUGGCCUACUGCACCUACAGCCUCACUCGCGACGCCCACAGCAGCUGCUCCCCCACGCCCACCGCCAAUGCCUCCUUCCCGGCUGGCCUCUGAGCCGGCCGUGUCCUGGGGGCCCACUGGGGCCCACACCGGGGGCCGAGGCCCCUCCCUGUCCCUCCCUGCAGUGCCUGCGGGGCCUCUUCCCCGUGCAGGUCCGACGCCCUCUGGGCACAGCUGCCCAUCACCGCAGCCCAGGGUUCUGCCAAGCUUCUGGAGACUGGGGCCAUAUCACUGCCCUCGGGGCUCCGCCCAGCACUGUGCUCUCCCGCUCCUCACCCUUUGUCUGCCCAGUGGUCCCAGUGCUAGCUAGGCCAGUGCUCUGAGGUCAUUCACAGCCAUCCUCCCCCAGAGCUGACUACCAGCCAGUGUCCUCCUGGUGACCCCCACCCCCAGGCCAGCUCUGAGGGCCCUGUGGCUCCAACCACACUGUCCAUAGUGCCUGACCCAGCCCCUCCCUCACCAGGGACCCCUUGUAAAACGUAAGAGGUCCUCAGAGGAGAGGGCCUGGCCCCAGCCUUGUCACCCCCUAGGCAUCCCCCCUCCCCCGAGCCUUAAACCCUGGUUCUCCCAAACAACACGUUCACCCUGGAGGAGUCGGAGCCAGUCAGACCACGGUGUGUGGGCGUGGGUGUACCCACUUCACCCCCGGAGCCACUCACGGCCGGCGCCCACCUGAUGCCACAGGCCUGGGGGUCUGCGCCUGACCCGUGGGCUCCUCUGGCUCCUCCACUGCCGGGGAUACAGGACAGAUUGGGGGCCUCCAAACCUGCCCCACACCUGGCUAGAAUAACUCUUGACCUAUGCCUUGAUCCCCACCCAGCAAGGUCCAAGGGGGAAGGUGAGAACCUGGCAAGUAAGGCCCCAGCCUGGCCCCUUCCUGUGCUCCGGGUCGGCUUGGUGCUGAGCUGAGGGGGUUCCCGGAGCGUCUUGCCAAAGCUGGACUUUCCUAGGGGGGAGGAUGGCCCCGCCUUUCCACGCCCACAGCACAGCUGUGACCACCCCACUCCUGUGUCCACUAACUGUACCACACUGGCCAUUAAAAGAUGAAGGCAGUAAGUGC